GAGACCGAGUGCGUCGAGACUCGAGAAAAGAGAGAACGAGACGAGAGAAGUGACUGAUUCAAGAACUACACCUAAAGAUACAACAAUCAUCACCACUCCUGUCUGUAAGUGAAGUCAGUACAUUAGUCUUCACAAUACUAAGUAAAGAACACGAACAAUCCAAGACGUAGACGAGUCAACAUAUUUCUCUACCAUUGAAUACCAGCAAAGACCGACCCACACAGCAACUACUCCUUCUAGAAACUCUCCGAUCAAAAAAAAUGUGGGAAUCAUACGAGCAGUUCCAGAAUCAGCUUAGUGCUGUUUAUUGGAAUCUCUAUGAUUGGUUCACUCUGUCCGUCCUCCACUUGCCUCCGACACCGGACGAUAAAAUCGCACCCGGAGAAGACCACUGCUAUCUGAUUCAUCGGCCAGUUACGGAUUCAUAGAUUUUUAGAUCUAAACCAUAAUUGCCACUUUAAACCAUCUGUUACAACUCAAGUUCAUCAUCUAAUCUAGGCUAGGAGUACUAAAUGGGACAUCAUGAUGAUAAACCAUUGCCACUUGAAGUCUGUUACUCCAUCUGUUACAACUCAAGUUCAUCAUCUAAUCUAGGCUAGGAGUACUAAAUGGGACACCAUGAUGAUCAUCUAAUCCAGGCAGUCUUCACAAUACUAAGUAAAGAACACGAACAAUCCAAGACGUAGACGAGUCAACAUGAGUCAGCCACUUUAAACCGUCUGUUACAACUCAAGUUCAUGAUCUAAUCCAGGCAGUAUCAAUCAAGUCCGAAAGCGUCUGCUGCAGCCAAAUGAGUGCACAGUUGGUUACAACCUCCCUGGUAUAUCACCUGGACCGAUAGUCACCAUCCCCACCGAAAUCCCGAACGACCUCGUUUUGCUGAAGGUAUAUUUCUGGAAUCACUUGCUUCUUUUGGUCUUUUUCUGCUAGAAGAACGUACUAAAGUAGAAACUGACCUAUAUUAUAAGUCAGUUUCUACUUUAGUACGUUCUUCUGUAAGUAGAUGAUGCAGAGAAGAUGAUUGUUGUACCUAUAAUGAAGAAGCAAAGAAGAAGUAAGUACUAGAUGAUUGACUUCUACCUUCUAUGAGAAGAUGCAAAGACGGAAGUGCUACCCUAGAUGAUUCAUUGACUACCUAUCCUAUGCGAAGUAGAAACUGACUUAUAAGUACUAAGUAGAUGAUUGACUACCUAUCCUAUGAUUGACUACUGACUUAAGUACUGUAAGUAGAUGAUUGACCACCUAUCCUAUGAUUGAAGAUGCAAAGACGGACUUGACUUCUACCUAUAAUGAACAUGAAGAUAAUAGAUGAUUGACUACCUAUCCUAUAAUGAACAUGAAGAUGCAAAGACCGUGUCCAACUAUCACGACAGGUCUCGCAUUUCAGUGUGAACUACGCUGACGUCUGCAUCCGAUGGGGAUUGUAUGAUUCUGCGAAUAAGUACGUGGGUUGGCCCAUCUGUCCUGGAUUCGAUAUCGCUGGUACCGUGUUAAAAGCCGGACCUGAGUCAGGCUUUGUACCAGGAGAUAAGGUUAAGGCUGUACCUAAUACAUCUUUGGACGCAUCCUUGGAACUACGUAUGGAGGAGUAUCCUUCUAAGGGAGUAAUACUGAUCACGGAGUAUCCUUCUAAGGGAGUAACACUUGAAAGAUGAAUUACGGACCGCUCUAAUAAGGUCUUCGGCGCCACUAUGUUCGGCGGGUACUCCAGCAAAGUGUUGGCGCCGGCAAGACAGUUGAGGAAAUUGCCUGGGGACUUGCCACCUGAAAGAUUAUGUAGUUGAGACCACCUGUCAUGCUUAGACUUAGACUUAGUUGUUGUUUUUGCCGGUCACGGUCUGUGUUGGAAAUUUAGAGUUUGAACUACAAGAACUUGUUUCACAGACUACAACUUUGUGGUAAGGAGGCGAUAGAAGUUCGGAUAUUCGCAGAUCGUUAAAAAUACCUAUAAUUCACAAGAAGCAAUCUUCGUAAUAAACAGACCUUCAGAGUACCCUGAUCUUGACAAUGAAUAUCUGCGUUCAUAUCCCGGCGCUGCUUUACCUGCGGUUGCACAUACCGCAGUUCACGCAUUACACCUUGCCGGUUUCAGUCCAACAACGCCGCCUAGAACACUGAAUAAGGGCGUGCUAGUUCAUUAAGGGUAGGUUAAAGGUGCUUUGCUUACCGCUUUUUAUGCCUCUCCUAAGGGAGAAAGGCAUAACAAGCGGGGUAAGCGAGCACCAAAAACCUACCUCUAAGUUCACUCAGCAGCAGGCGGUGUCGGUAGUAUGUUGUGCACUUUGGCGAGGAAGUUUGGCGCCAGUCCGGUCGUCGGAGUAGUCGGACGACCAGAAAAAGUGAAAACACUAGCUGGACUGUGCGAUAAAGUGGCUUUGAAAGGAGACUUGUGGAAAGGUGAUUUUUGCUUUUUUUUGCUAGCCGGGGUAGGAAGGGUUAGUGGAUAUUUGAUGGCUUAUUCUUGACUUUGUCAUCUAGCACGCAAUGGAGUAGCGGCUGCGUCUGCAGUAAACAACUCAAUACUUUUGCUUUUUUUUGCUAGCUGAAAAAUAAUGUGAACUAGCACGUCUUCAUGGUGUUGAUUCUUACUUUGCAAGAAACGGCGCUAUAAGUUGUAUGUUGAAAUUCUACUGUAAUAACUUCAUCGUAGGAGGUCUUCAUCUCGUCUGUUGAUCCAUAUGAACUCCCCACACCACCACUUUUCCCUAACAUCACCCCAGGUAGCAAGGACCCCAUUGCCAACGAGAUAGAUGCGAUGAAAUUUCAAGCGAUUUUCGACGCUAAUGGACAGGAAACAUUGAAGAACAGCUACGACCAUCUGACGCAAGGCGGCAGGGUAAUUAUCUACGGGUUCCACAGUAACGUGCCUUCUGGAAACGCCGCGCAAUUCUUGAACCCGUGGCAAUGGGUGAAGAUAUUGCUGAAGACAGUCCAAGCCAUGCCGAAAUUUGACCCGAUGAUGCUGACACUGCAGAGCAAGGGAGCACUGGGAUUCAACUUGAGGUAUUGCUAUUGUUCGACUAAGUAUAGUUUUGCAUGGCGAGGACGUGAUUUUGAUAAUGAUCGUAGAUUUGUACUAACAGCACAUUUUUUUGUUUGAAAGAGUGCGAUGACCUUGGUCUUCUUCGGUCUUCAUCAUCAUCAUCGUUUCUUCUCCGAAUCCCGUGCCAAAUUGAUUUCUUAUGUACCAUGAUCUCCUCCAUGACAAUCAUCAUCACAGUUUCUUUGCCGAAGAGUUUGGUAUGUUGAAGUAUUACUUCGAUUUGAUCGUUGACUACGUGAACGCUGGCGUGAUUGGAACGGGACUGCCAGUGACGGUUAUGAAGGACGCGCGUGAGGCUCACAUCGUAUUAAGUAGUGCGGCGUCGGUGGGAAAGCUGGUGGUGGCUAUCUAAGCGAGAUUGUGAGUUCGUGUUUGAAGAUGAUAUGAGGAUUUAUUAUAAAUACGAUACUCCUACUCGGAACAGUACCAUCAGGGAUACUUACGCACACGACAUCAACACAAGGGUGAUCAAGAACACGGCUCUUUUUGCGGAAAACACAUGUAAUUCUUUCCAUAUUAGACAUGCGUAGUGGUACAUGCGACAUCGUUGUAAGCAAGUAGAUGAGACUAGUAGAUAGUAGACGUAGAGAUAGACAGUUGCAUUUUUGCCGUAGUAAGAAUUAGCCUUACAACUUUCGACUGGUGAAGAUAUAAUUAUUCACUGACUCUGUUUAUACGUUUACGUAGCUAGCCGAAGAAGUUUUCCAAGAGCAAGUUGUCCUAACAAAAUGGCCCCAAGCUCCAACCCUGUGAUUGUGCCCCCAUUGGUUUUUUCAAGUCCUCAUGAAGUGCGACGAAUCUUCCAGUCAUUGUGCCUCCAUUGGUUUUGUCAAAUCCCCAAGCGAUGAAUCUUCCACAUCUAGAUUUUAUGCUUCCAGAUCUUAUGCAUCCAGAUUUUUGCUAUUGCUAUCACAGACAUUCAAUCAACAACACGAAACUGGAUCCUCCAGGCUCGUCAUAUGAAACUGCUGUCAGCUUCAAUAAAAUCGGAUCCAACUCCUGCUCUGAGCAACGUGUAAUAUCUGCAUCUUCUUGAUGAACGUGUCUUGGAAUGGAAAUGUAUGGUCGACUUCUGGG